AUGUCGUCCGCAAACCAACCUCCGACCGUCAUUGCGACGGAGCAAACACCGGAGGAAGAGCGCAACAUCGCAGUGGCAAAGGAGUACAUGGCGGUCGCUACUCCCCGACCGACAACAAAGGCGCCGAGAUGUUCUACCCCCAUGGAUUACGCCGAGUCUCAUGCGCAUGUAAUGGCGUCUGUGAAUGACUUGCACAUCGUGCGCUAUGAUCAAGCGUGGGCUAAGAAUGGCCAUGUCCUGUUGCGAUAUACAGCGGAAGGGUCACACUCGGGGGAGCCUUAUCAAGGUAUUGAACGGUCAGAUCCACCGAAAAAGGCCCAAUGGAGCGCUGCGGCUAUCUUUGAGAUUGAGGAUGGGAAGGUCAAGAGCUUUACGAAGGAUUGGGAUCAGAAAGUCAUGCAGAUUCAGCUCGGCUGGGCGCCGGUUGGUGAGAGCGGAGAUCCCCGAUGGGAUCAGGAGAUGCUUGCACAGCCCGAGCUAGCUCGGAGUAAGAAAUAG